GAGCAAAUAGUGGCGCAGACGACAACUUAAACUUCAAAACAAACAACUGAAAUCAUUUGUGAAAUUCUAGCAUGGAUGAGUUCCUCCAUAAAGCGCUUUACGUCGAGGAAACAGACGAGGAUAUCGAUUUUGAGUCUGCGCCCAGUACAGGCCAAGAAUACUUGAGAAGAGUUAUAGUCGAAUCGCGAAAAUGCGAAGCUGUUGUAGUUGCCGAUAUGAAAGGAAAGAAGCUGAAAGCCCAAACUGUCAAAUACACUACAGACUCUGGCUGUCCACCUGCACCAGAAGUUUUCCUACCUUCAAAAGAAUGGCAACAAUUCCAAGUCUCUCAGUUUUCCUGCCUCAGGAGCCGCAUGGCAAAACACUUGGCCAGGCUGAAAAAACAAGGAAUUCAAAUGAAACCGAAUAUAACCCUGCCUGCUGGAGACAAAGAAAAAGAAUGGUCAGUGUUGUGCUAUGGUAACCCUGAGGAUGAAAAGCCUUGUGCUGGAACACCACCUAUGCUCCCCAUAAUUUUAUCCCUCAACCAGUUUAUGGUGGAGACUCUACUCGAGUACAACGUGCAAUGGCUGGAGGAGACGAAUUUUACUCAGCAAAGGGGUCAGUGGCUCUACGCUCUACUUGCCAAAUUGGAGAAACCUUUGAAACCCGAAAUGUGUAGCCUCAUCAGAACACUGGCCCGUUUGUGUAGCACAUUCCGAGUUCAAUUAGCCUCGGUCGACGACCCGCUGUUGGCCCAGCUCAAUCUUUUCAUAUGUCUAGUCGGUCGUUACUUUGAUCAAAGUGAUUUAGCCGAUCCGAUGAAAUGAUUUAAACGCGAACAGCAAACAUUUCUGGUAACACAUUUCCCGCAUUGUAUUUUUAUUUUAUUUUUCUUUUGUUCGCCAUUUUGUAAGAAAUAAAAAAUGACUGAUGGUAAAUAUAGUAAAGAUCGUGGGUGAAUAAGAA